GUCUCUUGUUUCCAAAUAGUCACAUUCAGAGAAAGAGAGAGACUCUUUAGAUUCUGAAGAAGAAGAGAUUGUUGUUUUUUGCCUUUAUCAUCAUCGGUUUAUUUGAAUCUCUGGAUUUAAUGGUGGAGUCUCUGUUUCCGAGCAUAGAAAACACAAGUGAAUCGUCUCCGGAGUCGAGACGAAAGAAGCCGAGGAUAUCGGAGACGGCGGAGGCAGAGGCGGAGAUAGAGUCACGACGGAUCAACGAAGAAAGCUUGAAGAGAUGGAAAACGAAUCGUGUGCAACAGAUCUACGCUUCUAAGCUCGUCGAAGCUUUACGCCGAGUUCGUCAGAGGUCUUCCACCAGUACCGAGACCGAUAAAGUCGUCUCCGGCGCGGCGAGAGAGAUACGUGAGACGGCGGAUCGAGUUCUGGCUGCGUCGGCUCGUGGUACGACUCGGUGGAGCAGAGCGAUUUUAGCGAGUCGCGUCCGAGCGAAGUUGAAGAAACAUAGAAAGGCCAAGAAGUCAACCGGAAACUGUAAAUCGAGAAAAGGUGUGACGGAGACGAAUCGGAUUAAAUUACCGGCGGUUGAGAGAAAACUGAAGAUUCUCGGCCGGUUGGUUCCCGGUUGCCGGAAAGUCUCUGUACCGAAUCUUUUAGACGAAGCGACCGAUUACAUCGCGGCGUUAGAGAUGCAGGUUCGAGCCAUGGAAGCUCUAGCCGAACUUUUAACCGCCGCCGCACCACGAACGACGUUGACGGGAACUUAACGGCGGCGGCAGUUAGUUUGUCA